AUGAGCAACGCCAACAACGCCGCUCCCACAAACGCCACGCAGAUGAAGGAGAGGCUGUACGCGCAGUUGGCCGCCAGCCUGGGAAGAACCUCGCGCGCGAUCAGCCAGACGGCCGAUCUGUGUGAGCAGCUCCAGGUGGAUCUGCACGCGAUGAGAAUAUUCGCGGGCCUGGACGCCGCGAAGUUUAUGACGGUCGCUGCUCAGCUUAAUCCUUCUGACCAAGAAGAAGAUGGAAAUCAAAGUGAUAUCAUUCAAGAUUCAAAGAAAGCAAAUGCUCAAAAGGACUAA